AGAACAUAAGAUGAAACAAUAGAAAUAUAACAACAAGAGCUAAAAACGAGUAUAACAGUUUAAUUGGUAAAAGCCUCUGCCUAAAAACACAAGCCAACAAAGGCUGAUGAGAGGAGCAAAAACCUACUCCAAAGCUAACGGGCCAAGUCUUUACGGUAGAAAUUGAAAAGGACACCAAAUUAAUUAUUCCAAGUUUCCAACCCCAACGAAAGACAUUUCUCCAAAUUCCAAUCAUUCAAAUUAAGCAUUAAUUUAUGACUCUGAGGCCUCCAUAGUCCAUACCAAUCACUCCAACCAAACAUUUAUGAAAUAUUUGCCCCAAAUUGAAUUCCAGCCUAAUUGUCGUUAAUGUGAAUUGCGUCAUGGAUGACAUCGCAUCUCAGAUCCUCCAUGGAUGCAAGCUCGCAGGAGAAUUGGAAACCAAUCUCCUAAACUUAUUGAACCAAUCUCAGCACAAUCUCUUGAUAGACUCCUGCGACCAAGUUGUUCAAACCUUCAGCAAAGCCAUCCAGAAACUCACCACCAGCAAGGAAGCCAGAUCUAGUGGCCAUGAAUUCAUUGGGAUGGAGGAAGAGAAGACCGAUGAUGAUGAUGUCUGUGCCGGUGCCGGAGCAACCAUCGGGCAAGAUGAGGAUCCACUUGCCCUUGCUCCGGCGAAGAAGCAGAUGGGAAGCCCUGAUACAUCAAAGAGUGUAGAGAUGAUGAAGCCUCAUCACAUAGGCCCUGGAUCCGGUAUCCGGCGAGAAGAAAAACCUUCGACCGAGGCCGCCGUGAUGCUCAUCGGUUCUUCGGGAGAGUCAUCUUUCGGAGCAGCAUCCAUGACAUCCAACAAGAUGAAGAAGAGACUUACCCAACAAGAAUCAAAGAAGAGGAAGAGGAUUUAUGGACAUGUCGUGCGUGUUCGUGCUGCACAAGGCGUCGAACAAAUGUAUGAGGUGCCGCCCGACGAUGGUUUCAUUUGGAGAAAAUAUGGCCAAAAAGAUAUUCUUGGUACCAUAUUCCCCAGGAGCUACUACCGUUGCACUAACCCCGACCGCAAAGGUUGCCUUGCGAGAAAGCUAGUGCAAAGACUCCAGGAGGAUCCUACGACAUUUGAAAUCGUCUAUUAUGGCAUCCACACUUGUGGGAGCUCCGUCACCAUGCCCUGCAGCACUUCUCCCACUAAUCUUGAGCACAACCAGCAAAGCCAAUCCCAAUCUUUUUCAAUCCAGUUGGGCACUUGCUCUUCAGGAGAAGUUCAGUGCAGUGCCACAAACGCUAAUGCUCAUUCUAAAGACAUGACUGGAAAGGAAGCUAUCCGCAGUGAUCGGAGUGAUAGCAGUGAUAGUAGCGUUAAUAUAAGAGCAACCAAGGAAAAGGAUUAAACCAGACUGAGCCAAUUGGAGUGAUUAAUUAGCUUCAUAUAUAACAAAAAGAAAAGAAACGAGAAGCUCUUCAGAAACAGUUGCCAAUGAGAAUCAUUAUUAAUCACUGCGGCAGCACUAACGGUAAUGUGGAUUUCCUCUUGACUUAUUUUGUGCUAUCAAGUAUCAACUCAAGAAAAUCAGCUUCCUCUAUUCUUCAGGUAGAUUAGAGAAGAUAAGUGAAGAUAUCUUCCCAAUUAGUAGUGCUUGCAGUUCAUUCAACUACAUACAGAGAUGGAAGUUCCAUUUAGUUGAGGGAUCAGCUUGUUACUUAUACAUGUUUAAUUAUCCAAGGACCUUGAUGAUUUCAAACAUAAUUUCUCCAGAGAUGGAAAUCUCAGUUGUCAUACCCAUCUCAUACAAGUAGAGUUCUCCAACUGUAAGUUUGUUGCAGUUUUUGCACUUUCUUAGCACUAACUUCUGUAAAUUCUGCAAGUUGUUUAUUGUAAACCAAUUUGGAUAUCCAGAACUCAUGUAACAACAUACAUAUAAAUAAAUAAAACUUCCAAGUUGGAAUGGCAAA